AUGAGCGACAAUGGCACCCUGCCUACGCUUAGUGAUGGCACCUUGCCAGCGAUCGGCUCCGGCACCUCCGGCGCCCUCACAAACGCAUCGACCCUCGCCAUCUCCAUCUCUUCGUCCAUCAAUGUCGCCUCCAUCAAGACACAUGUGUUAGUCAUCCUCAGCUUCAAGGCUGCCAACUACACGAAGUGGUCGAUGUACUUCCAGGCUGACAUGUGCGUGUGCACCUGGCUCUACGGCUCCAUCAUCGAUGAUGUCGUCGACGCCACCAUUGAGCCAAAUCAGACGACCCAGGAGUUCUGGCUUCGCGUCGGCGCCCUCUUCACCGCCAAUGACAAUACCUGCGCCAUCUACCUACGCCAACAAUUCCACUCCUUGGUGUAG